UUCCCAGAGUUCCGUGCGAAUGCAACGGGUUUUGGUGAAGUCAUGAGAAAGCGCCGUUUGUUUUUGUUUUUCACGCGUUAUAAAUCUCCGCCGAGCCUUCAGAUGAUUUUUAUUUAUGCAUUUUCCGCACCGCCAGGCUUUUAAGAACGACACGGGAUAGUCCUAAUGUCAAAGAGCAGCGCGUAGCCUUGGAACAUUCAAACAUGCAUUUCUUCACUAACACGUUUGCUGUAUAGUGGAAACAUACUUUCGUAUGUUUCAACGGCUUGCAGGGGAAAUAACGUUACUGCUGAAAAGGGAGUUGCAUCGCUUCGUGUUUUGAGUCAAAUGGAUAGAUUCACACUUCCAAACUGACCUGUUUGAUAUAAAGGGUGGUAAAUGUUUUUAAUUCGCUCAGUCUGCUCAAUGAGACUGAAACAUAUGUUUUGGAGUCUAUGACACACUCAAUUUACUCUCGGUUAGAUUCAGUGGAAUCGCUAAUCAACGAGCUUCCAUAUAUGUUUUAUCUCGGCCUGUUUUUUGUUAAUGUCUUAAUUCUCUACUAUGCCUUCUUAAUGGAAUACAUAGUCCUUAAUGUAGGGAUAGUAUUCUUGCCAGAGGAUAUGGACCAGGCACUGGUGGAUUUGGGUGUACUUUCUGACCCAGCCUCAAUUCCAUAUGACACAGACGCUGAGCUGGAUGUUUUUGAUGGUUAUCUGGAAUAAACAAACCAUGAUUGACACUUCCAGCCGAAGCCUUUGUGGGGAAGAUGUCCUUUGGCUGGUUCAUUUGGUUACUGGAGAACCAUUGUCAAAGGGAACUACAUAUGAUCUCUGCAGACAUAAAAGGAUGCUGCAAAAGUGGUCAACCUAUAAAAAAGUGACUUGCAUGAAUAAGUAAGACUUCCAGGUUCAGAGGACUGACCUGCAAGCAAGCCAUCGUGCCACAUGGAAUAUUUACCUGGAACAUAAGCUGAACGGUCUUUGUGGUUUUCCAUGGAACAGCCAGCCAGUGUCUCUUCAGAGAUCAAAUUCAGGCACUAACCACUACUGUGUGGAAAUAAAUAUUACAUUAGCCUAUUUAUUUCAUAGACAAAUAAAUAAAAAUAAAUAGACAAAUAAACAAAUAAAUAAAAAAUAUGUCAUGAGACAAACAGGGUGUCUGAAUCAGUGUUCUAAGUUUUUCCUUAAAGUCUCUCUUAGGAACCGCAUAUUUGUGACAGCCUGAGAAAGAUAUAUUUGUCUGAGGUUCGUUUAUCCACUCAAUAUAAAUUAUUAAUUUCACUUUGUGUUGUCAAGGUGUCAUAUUUGACUCAAAAAUCUGGUGCCUUAUUUUAGAAACGUUGUGUGUAACAUCUGACUUCUCUGGUCUAAAUGAGAUCCUAUGAAAUAACAAUUGUUUGCUAAGAAGAUGAAGGUCAUCGACCAAGAUCUAGUUUAAAACACAUGUCAGUUUCUUAGAAAUGUGCUGUUUAUAAUUGUUAGUUUCAUAUGGUUUUGAAAAACAUUUAUGCCAUUUUUAAGAAAGGUUUCAGUUUAGUGACUCAUGUGGUGUGUUCAUCAAUUAAAAAGUAAUGCACAUAUUAACAUAUUACAUAUUCUAGCUUAUUUUAGCAUAUAUAUGUACAGUAAUUAUUUUAUGAAUAUCAUUGUGGGGGAUU